AUGGAAUACGAGAUCUCUUCAAGCUCUUCUUCUGAAAAACCUAGAGACCACUUCCAAUCCCUUGCUCUCUUCCCUAACCUCACCAGAAACCCUAAUAACCAGGAUACCUUAAUCGAACCUUUACCGCUUAUCGAUAGGAUCGACCUAAACUCGAACCUAAACUUAAAACCUAGGCAAUCGUAUGUUGACGACGGAGAAAAUGAAGAGGACGCUGCAGUGGACGUGAGCUUACACAUCGGCCUUCCUGGUAAUUUAAGAAAUGACUCAAAACAACCGAAUAAGAAAAAUGGGAAAGGGAUCGUCAUUUAUGACGCCGGAAAGAACAUGGAAAAUGAAGUUUCCGGCAAGGCUUACUGGAUUCCGACGGUGGAGCAAAUUUUAAUAGGCUUCACCCAUUUUUCUUGCCAUGUGUGCUUCAAGACAUUCAAUCGCUACAAUAAUCUUCAGAUGCAUAUGUGGGGCCACGGUUCACAAUACAGAAAAGGACCAGAGUCACUGAAAGGGACACAGCCAAGAGCCAUGCUAGGCAUCCCUUGUUACUGCUGCGUUGAAGGGUGCAGGAACCACAUCGACCAUCCUCGGUCCAAGCCACUUAAAGACUUCCGAACGCUCCAAACACACUAUAAGCGCAAACAUGGCCAAAAGCCAUACGCGUGUCGCAUUUGCGGUAAGCUCUUGGCAGUUAAGGGGGACUGGCGAACUCAUGAGAAGAACUGUGGGAAACGUUGGGUUUGCGUUUGCGGUUCAGAUUUUAAACACAAACGCUCCCUUAAAGACCAUGUUAAGGCUUUUGGGCCUGGUCAUGGACCUCAUCCGACUAGUUUAUUCGAUGAGCAGGCUUCACAUUCUUCUGUUUCUGAGACCUUCUACUAA